AUGAUUAAAAACAUUUUCGGUAGCAGACGGGCGAAGGAUUCCGAGCGGAACAAAAUUUCCGAAAUCGGUCUCCCGACGAACGUUGUGCACGGGAUGCACGUUAGUAAAAACCAGCAAACGGGUCACCUGGAGGGUUUACCGAAAUCAUGGAUCCGCAUGAUGGAUGCGCUGAUCACGCACGACGAACAGAGCAAAAAUCCGGAGGCGGCCUACCAAGCGGUAAAGUUUUACAGCUACUCGAUCAAAAAGAAGGAAGCGACCGAACCGUUCAAGCCGUUCAUCACGGAAGAUGCUAUCCACGAGGAGACAGAAUCGAUCGAACAGUUUCUCGAUCAGAAAAGUACGCACAAAAGCGAAGACUCGCUGGCGGGAAGCAGCGAAGAGAACGAAAGUGUCCCACAGGCACCACCACCUCCGCUGCCCAAAAAAAGCAUGACCCUGCCGCCGAAGCCACUGCUAAAACCAAAGCCCAAGAACUACACCAGCAAGGUGUACAAAGGUAUGGACAAUCUGCAUCUGAUCGAUUCGGUUAGCAACAGCGACACGAUGAUCAUCCACAACGUUCCCCAUCUGAACACGCACCAAAGUUCCUAUGCGAUCUGCACAAACGUUAACAAUAACAACAGCCUUGACCAGGAGCCCGAACCAGCCGAUAGUGAUUUAAUACUGCGACCGAAGGAAAAGCUUACCCGACAGCCCAAGAGCGACGAACAGGUCUACUUCGAGCUGAAGAAGAUCUGUAACCUAAACGAUCCGCUGGAGCGGUACGAGAAGACGGUCGAGGUGGGCAAGGGAGCAUCGGGGGUGGUGUUUAUCGCGCUCGAUCGUAACACUGGCUCGAAGGUGGCCAUCAAAACGAUCGACAUGAAGAACCAAUCGUCGAAGGAAUCGAUACUAAACGAAAUAAACGUGCUGAAGGACUUUAACCAUAAGAAUUUGGUUAACUUUCUGGAGGCAUACUACCUGGAAAACGUUGACCAGCUGUGGGUAAUUCUCGAGUAUAUGGAUGGUGGUCCGCUGACCGACGUCGUCACCGAAACGGUGAUGAAGGACCGACAGAUUGCGGCCGUUUGUCGAGAGGUGCUGCUGGCUAUUGACUUCUUGCACGCGAAAGGCAUCAUCCACCGUGACAUCAAGUCCGACAACGUGCUGCUCGGCAUGGACGGUUCGGUAAAGGUGACCGACUUUGGUUUCUGCGCCAACAUCGAGGGUGACGAGAAGCGGCAAACAAUGGUCGGCACACCGUACUGGAUGGCGCCGGAGGUGGUGACGCGCAAACAGUACGGCAAGAAGGUAGACAUCUGGUCACUGGGCAUUAUGGCGAUCGAGAUGAUCGAGGGUCAACCGCCGUACCUCAAUCAGGCACCGCUGCGUGCGCUCUAUCUGAUUGCGGCCAACGGUCGACCGGACAUCAAAAGCUGGGACAAGCUGUCGGACAAUCUGAAGGACUUUCUCGACCGCUGCCUGCAGGUGGAGGUCGACAUGCGUGCAUCGGCUGACGAGCUGCUGCGGCAUCCCUUCCUGCAGGACUGCAUGGAGCUGCGGACGUUGACGCCACUGAUAAAGGCCGCCCGGAGGUUGCUGAAGCGGGACAACUGA